UGGAGAGGCAGACAGUUGCAGUCCCCCUGAGAGCCAGCCACGUAGUUCGACCUUGUCCAUCAAGGCAUCCCCUCCAAAGACAGGUUGAUGGAAAUGAAGCACUCCGCCAGAAUUUGGGGAAGAGUCUCGAUGAGUACUAAAAUUCUGAACUAGAUUUGUUAGGAAAGGUAGAUGGACUAUAAGGCAAUUGCUCAACAAACUGCCCAAGAAGUUUUCAGUUACUAUCAAGAUAUAUCUGGCUGGAAAGUGAUUAAAUCUUCAAAAAAGGUAACUGUUUCCAACAAGCCUUCUAAAGUAUUUCCUGGAAAUCUAUAUCGCAUUGAAGGGAUAAUUCCAGAAUCAACAGCUAAGCUAUCUGAUUUCCUCUACCAACCUGAAAACAGAGUUACAUGGGAUAAGUCAUUAAAAGGGUACAAUGUGCUACACAAGAUUGAUUCGGACACAUUUAUUUGCCGUAUCAUUACACAAAGUUUUGCCAUGGGGUCAAUUUCCUCCAGAGACUUUAUCGACUUAGUAUACAUGAAGCACUAUGAAGGGAAUGUGGAUAUUAUCAGUAGUAACAGUGUGGACUUCCCAGGAUAUUCUCCAACUUCAAAUUAUAUCCGUGGUUACAAUCACUCUUGUGGCUAUGUAUGUACACCUCUGAAAGAAAACCCAGCGCAUUCCAAGCUAGUGAUGUUUGUCCAGACAGAAAUGAAAGGAAAACUGCCCUCAUCAAUAGUUGAAAAGUCUAUGCCUUCCAACUUAGUGAGCUUCUUCCUCAAUGCAAAAGAUGGAGUAAUGGCACACAAAAUUACAUCGAUAUGUGGACGUCAUAAUGGUCAUUCAUCACGACAAAAGAAAUAA